CUAUUAUACGAGUGAAUAAAAAACGGCCAGUCGUUCGCCGGCUACCACGUGCACUGUUUGUGCUAUCGUUUUUCUAACCUGUCCCGGCGCUAACUACAUAAUAAAUAGUAUUAUGUCUCUGUUAUUAAUGUCUUGGUAUUUUGUAUGUUUCGUUACAAUUAUACUGUUAUUGAUCGCUCUCCGUUCGUGUAGGAAACCAAAAAACUAUCCACCAGGGCCAAAAUGGAUACCGUUUGUAGGAAAUACGUAUCAAUUAGCAAAAUUGUCGUCUAACAAAGAUGGACAGUACUUAGCUUUUGAGGAGCUCCGUCAAAAGUAUAAUUCUGAUAUCAUUGGGUUGAAAUUGGGACGGGAAUAUGUCGUUAUUGUGUUUGGAAACGAUCUAUUAAGUGAAACGUUUCAUAGAGACGAAUUUCAAGGUCGGCCUGAUAAUUUUUUUAUGAGACUCAGGACAAUGGGUAAACGUAGAGGUAUAACAAUGACUGACGGAGAUUUUUGGAAAGUACACAGAUCGUUUGCGGUCAGACACUUGAAGUUACUUGGUUUAGGACAAAGAAGGGUAGACGAAUUGAUUUAUGAUGAAUAUCAACUCAUGAUACAACGUCUAAUCGAUACGAUGGAAAGUGUGACGCCGACCUUAUACUUGCAAUCAGCUGUAAUGAAUGUGUUAUGGGAACUGACAGCGGGCACUAAGUUUGAUGACCCUAAAUUAUUAACAUUGAUGAGGAAGCGAAGUUCAGCAUUUGACAUGGCUGGUGGGCUGCUUAAUCAGAUGCCAUGGAUACGGUAUUUGGCUCCUAUCAGGACGGGUUACUCACUCAUAACUGAUAUAAAUCAGCAACUUUAUUCCUUGAUAUCUAAUAAUAUUGCCGAGCACAAAAGGACGAUAACUGACUCUACUAGGGAUUUUAUUGACGCAUAUUUACACCAAAUGAAAAAAGAAGAAAUAAACAAUACAACGUUUACUGAAGAGCAAUUGAUAGCUGUUUGUUUGGACUUAUUUAUUGCUGGGUCAUCAACAACAAGUGGUACAUUAGAUUUUGCUAUACUGGCUAUGGCUCGGUGGCCAGAUGUCCAGGCUAAAAUUCAAUCUAUUCUGGACGAGAUACAACCUCCGGGAACGUAUCUUACAGCCGAAAAAAUUCUUAAAAAUCCAUACAUGGAAGCUGUGUUAUUAGAGACGAAGAGGCUUAAUCAUGUAGCACCAAUUAUAGGUCCUAGACGUGUGUUAAAAAAUACAAAUCUUAAUGGAUAUAGUAUACCUAAGAAUACAACAAUUUUGAUGAGUUUAUAUUCAGUACAUCAUGAUCGGGUAAAGUGGGAUGAUCCUGAAGUUUUUCGCCCAGAGAGGUUUUUGGAUAAAAAUGGAAAACUCAAUACGAAUGAAGAUAUGUACUUUUUUGGAUUUGGGAAGAGACGAUGUCCUGGUGAAGCGUUAGCACAGCGAUUUGUUAGCUUAGUAUUUGCCAACUUAAUACAUGAUUUUAUAAUCGAAAUAGAUCGGUUACCCGAUGGACUAAAUUGUGGUAUACUUAUGACACCAAAACCUUACAAAAUAAAAAUGUCUAAAAGAAAAUAAA